AUGAUUUCAAUUAAAGAUCAGAAAUUCCUUUUAAAACUUAUUUUAUUAAUUGUUUAUCUAGAUUGUGCAAAAUGUACUACAGGUUGUAUCAGUAAUAAACAAUUAUAUAGAGAAAUUGGAUGUAAACCUAUUUUCGAAAAUGAUUCAAAUUCUUGUCCAGUGGCAUACGACUGUGAAAACGUUUUUACAAGAUCAAGUGACAAGUGUUAUCUUAAUGGAAAUGUCUACGAACCAAAAGCUAAUAUCUCUAAGCUAGACUCUGCAUUAAGCCUAUGUGUAUCCGGUUGCUUCUGCGAUCAGAAAACGAAUGAUAAAAAAACUACAACUGCAUUUGCAUGCACUUAUGAUGUAUGUCGGUCUCGUAUGUCAUUAAUAGCCGAACCAUGUUAUUAUAAAUUUGACAAAAAUUUGUGCUGUGAAACUGAAUUGUACUGUCCUAAAGAAAAUGCGACCAUUCAUGAAUGUGUUUAUGAUGGCAAAACUUAUAGGAAUGGACAACAAUUUAAAAUUCAAAAUGAUUACCUAUGUGUGUGUUCACCGGAAUUCAAUGGUACGGCUAAUGACAAAUUGUGUAGACAAUUUAAAUGCAAUUAUGAACUUCUUUACAUGAAAAAUAUUUUGAAUCUAGACGCUCCUCUAUAUUUUGAAGAAAAGGAUGGAUGUCCUAUCAACUGGUAUCAAUCUGAAUACGAAUCCGAUUUUGGUACUGUUGAAGUAUCUGCAGGAACCGUUAAUUCCAGUAACCAUGUGUGCAAAUAUGGGAAUCUUAGUGUACCAAUAGGCCAAGAAUUAAAGAUUGACCGACUUUCAAUCAGAAAUUCUGAAUCAGAUUCGUACAAAACGAUAUGUACUUGUGAUACCCCUCCGUUAAUAACUUGCAUUACGGGUAGAAAAGAUAUUAUAAAUGGUAAAUUUAAUAUGCAUAUAAUAUAA